CUGUAUAUACCCACCCAACAAAGAACGAAGAUCAUAUGCUGUUUCUGCAUUCCAAACCAAUAAACAAAUUCAUUAAAACCCUAAAAAAAUUAACUUUGAUGUCUUAAAAUGUUAAAGAAAGUUGUGGGUAUUUUUGUAAUCCUAAUAAAAUUCACAUAUGAAGCCAUGGUUUAGCUCCAGCAGGCAAUCUGUCGGUUUUUAAAAGCUGUUGGGGACCCUCUGUGGCACUCUAUCUUUUAUGGUCUUUAAUUGACCACAGCUCUCUAAUCUCUUCUUCUUCCUUAGUAUAUUUAUCCUUCAAAUUUCUCAUUUCUCAGCUCAUAUAUUUCUAUACCAAGGGAUAAGAAAACCAACAAAAAAUAUGGCAAAUAUUAAACUCUGCAACUUAAUAUUCAUUAUUUUUUGCUCUCUCCUUCUUUCAGCUUAUGUAAUUCAAGGAUCAAGAACUCGAGUAUUCGUACCUUCUCAACCCAGAACCACUCCACCUCGUUUUCAGGGAGAGAGUGAAAUGGGACAGACGUCAAAAAAAUCGAAGAGAGUGAUGAUAGGAUCAACAGCUCCUACUUGCACUUAUAAUGAAUGCAGAGGUUGCAAAUACAGGUGUAGGGCUGAGCAAGUUCCCGUCGAAGGCAAUGACCCUAUCAACAGUCCAUAUCAUUACAAAUGUGUCUGUCAUAGGUGAUCCUAAUUUAAUUUUUCUAUUUUAUUUCUAAUUUCUUUUUAGUUUCUUGAUUUUGGUCCAUUAAUUUUUUUAAUAUAUGAUGAGCAUCUUAGUGAUGACAUGAAUUUUUGCCUUGUCUUGAGAAAAACAUUGUAUUUCUUAAUGUGCCAAUUAGCACUAAUGCUAUAGCUAUGUGAACUUCAUGCAAGAUAAAUAAAUUUAUUAGCCAAUACUUGAAUA